UUGAUGAGAAUGGGCACCGAGUGCCUGGGUGCCUGGGAGUGAGCAGGCGAGAGGACCCAGCACUGUUGUGGACAGCCUCCGUUCAGUUAGCACCACUCCACGAGGGCUGAAGUAGAGAGGAAGCCAUUUGUUUAUGAGCUGAGAAGAGUGAGCAGGAAAAAUGCCAUUCUUUGCUCUUAAGGAUGAGACAAGCAUAAAAAGAGAGGCAGACAGGCAGACCAGAAGGAAGAGAUUGCUGACAAAAUCAUUGUCAGGAAAAGUGCCAGUGAAAUCACUCCACCUUAAAAGAUCUAUGUUCUGGUUUUGAGAACCUACUAUAUUGUAGACCUGUGCCAGAAGCCAGAAGAAGGCAAUGGGAAGAAUCAAAGAGAUUCUUGGCCCCAACCCUUACCAGACCCUGCCAUGCACAGGAAACAGUUAAACAAUGUGUCUGUCUCACCUGCAAAUGAUCAAGUGUUGGGUAUAAGCCAAGGAGCUGAGAGAGGGGGAGACCAGCGCAGGUCUGAGGAGCUGAGAAGGGAGGCUUACGUGAAGGGUAAGACUCGCAUGGGCCUGGCCGGUGGACAAGAUGUGGGAACUGCAUGGACAGUUAUGUGGAGGGGCAUUCCAUCCUGGCUGGAGAGUGUGUGAGGGGCAGUGGGAGAUUGGUGGAAAAGAUAUAGGCCACUGGUGUGGAAGGCUGGGAAGCCACGCUUCAGAUCGGAGAAAGUUGCUAAUCAGAGAAGCGGCGUUCUGGAGGUGGAAUUUAGAUAAUGGGCUGUGUGCAAUGUAAGGAUAAAGAAGCAACAAAACUGACGGAGGAGAGGGACGGCAGCCUGAACCAGAGCUCUGGGUACCGCUAUGGCACAGACCCCACCCCUCAGCACUACCCCAGCUUCGGCGUGACCUCCAUCCCCAACUACAACAACUUCCAUGCAGCCGGGGGCCAAGGACUCACCGUCUUUGGAGGUGUGAACUCUUCGUCUCAUACGGGGACCUUGCGUACGAGAGGAGGAACAGGAGUGACACUCUUUGUGGCCCUUUAUGACUAUGAAGCACGGACAGAAGAUGACCUAAGUUUUCACAAAGGAGAAAAAUUUCAAAUAUUGAACAGCUCGGAAGGAGAUUGGUGGGAAGCCCGCUCCUUGACAACUGGAGAGACAGGUUACAUUCCCAGCAAUUAUGUGGCUCCAGUUGACUCUAUCCAGGCAGAAGAGUGGUACUUUGGAAAACUUGGCCGAAAAGAUGCUGAGCGACAGCUAUUGUCCUUUGGAAACCCAAGAGGUACCUUUCUUAUCCGCGAGAGUGAAACCACCAAAGGUGCCUAUUCACUUUCUAUCCGUGAUUGGGAUGAUAUGAAAGGAGACCAUGUCAAACAUUAUAAAAUUCGCAAACUUGACAAUGGUGGAUACUACAUUACCACCCGGGCCCAGUUUGAAACACUUCAGCAGCUUGUACAACAUUACUCAGAGAGAGCUGCAGGUCUCUGCUGCCGCCUAGUAGUUCCCUGUCACAAAGGGAUGCCAAGGCUUACCGAUCUGUCUGUCAAAACCAAAGAUGUCUGGGAAAUCCCUCGAGAAUCCCUGCAGUUGAUCAAGAGACUGGGAAAUGGGCAGUUUGGGGAAGUAUGGAUGGGUACCUGGAAUGGAAACACAAAAGUAGCCAUAAAGACUCUUAAACCAGGCACAAUGUCCCCCGAAUCAUUCCUUGAGGAAGCGCAGAUCAUGAAGAAGCUGAAGCACGACAAGCUGGUCCAGCUCUAUGCAGUGGUGUCUGAGGAGCCCAUCUACAUCGUCACCGAGUAUAUGAACAAAGGAAGUUUACUGGAUUUCUUAAAAGAUGGAGAAGGAAGAGCUCUGAAAUUACCAAAUCUUGUGGACAUGGCAGCACAGGUGGCUGCAGGAAUGGCUUACAUCGAGCGCAUGAAUUAUAUCCAUAGAGAUCUGCGAUCAGCAAACAUUCUAGUGGGGAAUGGACUCAUAUGCAAGAUUGCUGACUUCGGAUUGGCCCGAUUGAUCGAAGACAAUGAGUACACAGCAAGACAAGGUGCAAAGUUCCCCAUCAAGUGGACGGCCCCCGAGGCAGCCCUGUACGGGAGGUUCACAAUCAAGUCUGACGUGUGGUCUUUUGGAAUCUUACUCACAGAGCUGGUCACCAAAGGAAGAGUGCCAUACCCAGGCAUGAACAACCGGGAGGUGCUGGAGCAGGUCGAGCGAGGCUACAGGAUGCCCUGCCCGCAGGACUGCCCCAUCUCUCUGCAUGAGCUCAUGAUCCACUGCUGGAAAAAGGACCCUGAAGAACGCCCCACUUUUGAGUACUUGCAGAGCUUCCUGGAAGACUACUUUACCGCGACAGAGCCCCAGUACCAACCUGGUGAAAACCUGUAAGGCCCGGGUCUGCGGAGAGAGGCCUUGUCCCAGAGGCUGCCCCACCCCUCCCCAUUAGCUUUCAAUUCCGUAGCCAGCUGCUCCCCAGCAGCGGAACCGCCCAGGAUCAGAUUGCAUGUGACUCUGAAGCUGACGAACUUCCAUGGCCCUCAUUAAUGACACUUGUCCCCAAAUCCGAACCUCCUCUGUGAAGCAUUCGAGACAGAACCUUGUUAUUUCUCAGACUUUGGAAAAUGCAUUGUAUCGAUGUUAUGUAAAAGGCCAAACCUCUGUUCAGUGUAAAUAGUUACUCCAGUGCCAACAAUCCUAGUGCUUUCCUUUUUUAAAAAUGCAAAUCCUAUGUGAUUUUAACUCUGUCUUCACCUGAUUCAACUAAAAAAAAAAAGUAUUAUUUUCCAAAAGUGGCCUCUUUGUCUAAAACAAUAAAAUUUUUUUUCAUGUUUUAACAAAAACCAAUCAGGACAGGUGUUUGUUUUUGUUUUCUUUUUUAUAAAUAUGAAUAUAUAUAAUAUAUAUGUCCCUGUACAUAUACAAUGUGGGUGCUAAUGUGGAGACUGUGGCCGGCCUGAGCCACCAAGCUGCGGGACCCAGAGGGAGGAUUUUACUGCAAGUCAGCAUCAAAGCACCGGUGUUAUUCUGAAAACACCAGUGGCCUCAUUUUUGGCUUUUGCAAAGCAUGAAUUUUUUCAUUUGGAUUGCACUUUCCUGGUUCAUGACUGUACUUGUAGGUGGUUGUUACUUUGACUCUUUUCAGGAACCACCCCCCAAGCUGAAUUUACAAGUUCUGUUAGCACUAUUUGCUUCAACUUACUGCGAUUUGUUCUCAAAACUUAAAAAUAAGCAAGCAAAUGGCUGAUACUACCAAGAGAACUGGAAGAUGGAUACCACACAAACUUCUUGUAUAAAAAUAUGAAUGCUGAAAUGUUUCAGACAUUUUUAAUUUAAUAAACCUGUAACCACA